CUACCCUUCCGUCCCAGGUCACUUUUCACACAGAUCGAAAUCGUAAGCCCUAGGAGAAGAUAGAGAGAGGGUGAUGGGGAUAUUCAAGGGCAGUUUCUCAUUCAUGGUAGGAACCGCAUGUGGAAUUUACAUAGCUCAGAAUUACAACGUCCCCAAUAUAAAGAAACUCGCGAACACUGCUAUUUUCAUGGCCAGGCACCUCGAAGAGAAGUAUCGCAAGCCUAAGAAAAGAGAUGACGAUUAAUAGAAUAAACCACAUCGUUCCAAUCCAGGUUCUUCGUUUUUUUAUUUUUGGGUCUUAUACGUUUUUUUAUAUGAUUUUGUACCUGAAAAGGAAUGAUAUAAAUGAAAUUUUCCGAGGGAUUGGAUUUUUAUUGGAUGGGUUUAAUUUAUAUAUAUUCUGAUCCGAUUUAUCUCUCUCGCGAGAAAAUUGGGGUAAAGUGAUAAAAAUGUUUGAGGUAAGAUUUUGGAUUUGUGAGGGAUUGAUUUUAACUCAGAUAGUCCAGAUAGUUUGUUAGUUUGUGAA